ACAAAAAGUUGUAAUACUUAUACAUAUAAAAAUGUGUAUAUGUGUGUGUGUGUAUAUAUAUAUAUAUAUACACACACGCAUAUUAAAAACACUUCCAAUUGGUAACUUCUGUAAAGUUACAUCAAUUUUUUAAACUUGCUACUCAUAAAAUUUAUGAAACUAUUCGCCUAUUAUAAAUACAUCAUACCGUUUGUAAAAUAUUCUAGCGUUUGAAAUUCAAUAUAUUUUGUUCUGUAACUAUAUUCAUAAAGUGUGUUUCAUAUGAAUUUGUAAGAUAAAAUUUUUUAACUACAAUAUUACUUUACUUUUGCAUCAAUUAUUAUUCAAAUCUAGUUAUAUUAUUUUGUAUUACAUACUCGUUAUCAAUUGUUUUUGCUUUCUUAUAAAAAUACUUAAAAAAUAUUUAAUAAAUCAAAUUACUCUAGUAAAAUUUUAUUCUGCAAUAUUAAUACCAAAAAAGACUUUAUAUAUCGUAUAAAAAAAGAAGAAAGAAAAGAGAGAAAAGACAUAUUUUGUACAAAUACAAAAAAUAUUACGAUUGCAAUUAAUCUUGUUUUUGUAUUGUUAUUACAGAAUUUUUAUGAAACAAAAUAAGAAUAUUUCGUAAUUAUGGGAUUUAUUUCAAUAUAAUAAUAAUAUGAAUUAAUUAAUAAUAAUGUAUGAAACUUCAUAAAAAGAACGUAUGUAAUAAGUAGAAUGUAUGAUUAUAAAAAAUAAAUAUCAUGUAUAAGUUGAAAAUUAAUUAUUUUUUAUAAAUACAUUAAUUACAAUCUAAUUUUAAUUUGUAAUGGUAUAUGAACUAUACGAUAUAUUUACAGAUAUUCAAGUAAGUAUAAAUGUAUAUGUUCUUCUUUGUAUAGUUAAUAUGAAAUAGAAUAGGAUACAUUAAAAGUUAAAUAAUUGAAAGAUAAAAUGUUUUUUAGUCAAAUUGUAGUUUUUAAUAAAUGAUUGAUAACAUUUUAUUAAAAUUUAUGUAUCUUUUUAUUAUUUUUAUUUAAUCGAAAUAAUAUUUAUAUUUCACAAUAUAUUGUAACCUUACUUUCAUAAUUGUCAUUUGAAUUUUAUCAAAAUGAUGCAACAGUAUAUGAAAGAAUUAGAACAGGAUCCAUUUGAUCCUGAAGAAUUUGUUGAAAGACUUGCUUGGAGAACACUUAAUGAUACGAUAAAAGACGAUGGAAAGACAUUUUUCGAUCCUACAAUAGUGCAUGAGACAUUUUUACAAGCAAUUAAAGAUUUACAAAUUCUACAAGAACGUCAACAAAAAAAAUGUGAUAAACUUGAAACAGCAUUAAAAGAUGAAGAAGCAAAACAUAUACUUGAAAUUCUUGAAUUACAAGAAAGAAAUAAACAUUCUAUUGAUCUCUUUCAUCAAUUAGAUGAAAGAAUAAAUCUUGUGGCUACUAAAGUUUUACAUUUAGGAGAUCAAUUGGAAAGUGUUAAUACACCAAGAGCUAGAGCUGUUGAGGCUCAAAAAUUAAUGAGACAUUUUUCAGAUUUUUUAAGCCCUGGACCUUUGACAGAUCCAAUUUUUACAGAUAAGUCAUCGCUAUAUGAAGCAGCAGAUGUGAUACAAAAACUUCACCUUAUUUCACAAGAAUUACCAUCUGAAAAAUUUGAACAUGCCAAGAAAAAAAUUACUGCUAAAUAUGAUGAAAUUGAAAGAAAUCUUAUAGAAGAAUUUGUUAGAGCACAUAAUAGGGAAGAUGCUAAUCGUAUGAGAGAAUUAGCAUCAGUCUUAACUCAUUUUAAAGGAUAUUCUCAAUGCAUAGAUGCAUUUAUAGAACAAAGCCAGAUGGGUUCAUUUGGUGGAAAGGAUGUUUUUCAGGAUGUUAUACCUAUGUGUACGAAAUAUCACAAAUUAAUGCAACAAGUAUUUACAAAUCCUGAACAAGUAAUGGCAAAAUUUGUAUUAAAUAUUUACCAUUUAAGACUUCAAAAAUAUGCAGUUGCUAAAUUAGCAGAUAAAACUGAUUCUGAUAAGUAUCUUAAAAAUUUAUAUGAUUUAUAUACAAGGACUGUGAAAUUGUCUACAGAAUUAAAAAUGUUUAAUAUAUGUACUGAUGAAAUGUAUCUUACUAAACUUACUAGAAAUAUAUUUCAAAAAUAUCUGGAUACUUAUAUCAUUAUUGAAAUAAAAGCAUUGAGAGAAAAAUCAGCAGCUCUUCUUAUUGAAUAUUAUGAGUCUAAAAAUCAUCAAAAGAAACAAUUGCAGAGUGGAGGAUUUCAAGAAUUAAGAAGAGAUCUACAAGCAGUUUUAGGUGCAAGAACUAAUAUUAAUAUUGCACAAAUAGAAAAUUAUGGAGGAGAGACAUUUUUAUCAGAAGAACUUGCAAUUGCUUUAUUACAAAGAAGUAAAGUGGCGUUUCAAAGAUGUCAGUUAUUAUCAAAAUCUGAUGAAAUACCAAUGAAUGCACUUCAAAUUUUUGAAAUAUUAUUACAAUAUUUAAUAAGUGAACAUGUUGAUUAUGCAUUAGAAUUGGGUUUACAAAGUGUACCAAUUCCUGAAAGUAGAACUCAACCUGAAAUACAUUUUUUCAAUAUUGUACGUCAAUGCAAUGCAAUUGUACGGUUAUUAGAAGAACAAUUUAAUGACAGUGUGAUACCUCUUAUUGUAUCAACACCCAAACAUGGAGAUUGCAUGUUAAAAAAAAAAAUUAUAUUGGAUCAAAUUGAUAUGAAACUAGAGACAGGAUUAGAUAGAAGUAUAAAUGCUAUUAUUGGUUGGGUAAAAGUAUACUUACAAAAUGAACAACGAAAGACUGAUUUUAAACCUGAAACUGAUGUGGAUACUUUAAGCACUUCAGCUUGUUUAACAGUAGUUCAGUAUGUAAACGGGAUGAUACGACAUAUUCGAAGUACUUUAGAUGGAAAAAAUUUAAAUAAUGUUUUAACUGAACUUGGAGUACGAUUUCAUAAAGUUAUUUAUGAUCAUUUACAACAGUUUCAGUUUAAUUCUGCUGGUGCUAUGUGUGCGAUAUGCGAUAUGAACGAAUAUCGUAAAUGUGUUAAAGAACUUGAAAUAGAUCUUGUUACUUCUUUGUUUGAUACUUUAUAUGCUUUAUGCAAUUUAUUAUUAGUUAAACCAGAAAAUUUGAAACAAGUUUGUACAGGAGAUCAAUUGGCAACAUUAGAUCGUAAUGUUUUAAUAAAUUUUAUACAAUUAAGAACUGAUUAUAAAACGCAAAAAUUAGCAAAUUGUUUGAAGGGUUUAGCUACUUAAUAACUUUGUUUGAUUUAUAGAUAUUCAUAAUUUUUUAGAGUUAUACAAUAUUUAUGAUUAUAAUUAAUAUCAUUGUGUAAAUUAUACUUUAAUAAGUGAAAAUAUUGCUUUCAUUGCAAUAAUAAUAUUGUACUAUAUAGCCAAUUGUACAAAACUUUGUUAUAAAAUGCUAUAUAAAUCGUUAAA